AUGGACGAAAAAGACAUUUUGACUGAAAUGCUGAAGGAAAGCGUUGUCCGUGUGCAGCGAAUCACCAGGAAAGAAGGUGAAAAGAGAGUUAAUACACCCGCGCUGAUCCUAACGUUCUCCAAAACCACGUACCCGGAGUACCUCAAGAUCGCUACGGCCACACCCGUGUCCGUUGCCCUGGGCCACAACGCUGUUUUAACUGCUCUGGCGAUUAUCACGGAGAAGAGGAGUGCAACGAGGCUUCCCAAUGCAGAAAUUAGGCUAGGAAACGUACUGAGCUACAGACAGGUGGAAGCUAUGCCCAAGCGGCAUCGCGAUUUAGCGAAUUUGAAAAAAAGAUUGCGGGAACUUGAAGCGACCGUGAAGGCAAAGGACGAGGACAUAGCCAAACUGCGCGAAGAAAUCAAGCAGAAAGACGAAAAAAUUAACAGUGUGAACAAUCUCAACCAACUGCUGAAACAGAAGAUUUCUGAUGAACGAUCGCGCAGCGCAAGCCGUGGAAGUCAACAUCACAGCCAAAGACCAGUACCAGCACCGACGUGGUCGAAUCCGGUCACUCGAUCAAGUAGCCACUCUCCAGCCGUUCAGGAACCGAAGCGAGGCCCUGGCCGCCCCCGAAAGUACGACAAAUCGGUCAUAUCGCCUGACCCUAGCCCGCCCCCGAAGAAAACUGCUGUCACUACACCCGAUCCCAUGAUGAUGGACUGUGUCAGCUAUGAAGUGGAGAUACCGGCCACACCCCCCAGUCACACGAACACGGACAACGAGAUUUAUCGGUUCGGAAGCGGAGAAAGUGUAGUACACCCUCCGACGCAAGUGCAGCAGGUUGAAGGAGUCGCCCGGGACGUCUUACCCCAACCCGUUGAUGACGAAUUCACCUCUGCAGCCGAUCACACCACCGAAACAUCUACGAUACCGGAAUCCUGGGAUAGACGGCAGGGAGAAGGGAUUGCCCUUCUUUGCCCUGGCCGCCGCCCUACGCAACCAACAAUCAACCCUCUCAUCGAAACCAACAGCCGAGAAACCAGCGAAUCUACAAAAAGUCUUUCCCCAGUGCCGGCUGUUGCCGGUAAUUCUGGAAGUAAUCGUGUGGUGAUGUUGGCAACGGCUGGCACUGUGGGGCAAAGCGUCCCACAGGUCAGUAUUCCUAUUCCCAAGAUUCAAACCGAUACUGCUGCGCCCGUUGUUUCAGGCGACAACACGAAUAUUCCAGUUCUCUCGCCUGGCGAAGGCCCAUCAAGAUCCCGCACGACGUAUAUUACACAAAGCGCUUCCCCGGUGCCGGCUGUUGUCGGUAGUGGAAAAUCUAGUGUAAUGGUUUCGACAGCGGCUGGCACUGUGGGGCAAAGCGUCUCACAGCCGACUCAUCUGCUGGAAGAUCCACCAUCAGUUCCGGUACGAACAGCUCCUCCGGCAGCUGCUUCGCACUCCAAUGGAACCUGCGCGGCCUUAAGGGCAAACAUCAGCGAACUGAAGCUCCUCAUCGCCAACCUCGAACCUUACGUCAUUGCACUUCAAGAGACGAAGGUUAAUCAAACGGUCAUACCUCCAAACUUCGUUGGCAGGAACUACACGCUACUGUUGGAGUCAAACAGCACCCAUUACUGUUCAGCCCAAUAUCAAACCGCUUUGAGCGAGCUCCUCGAUAAACUGGAUGGCCCGGUUAUAUUUCUGGGUGACUUCAACGCACAUCACCUUGCGUGGGGGUCAUCAUCAUCGAACGCGCUUGGCCGAUUCAUAGCUGACACGACAUUAGACAGGAAUCUUGUGAUUCUCAACAGUGGCUCUCCCACACGCAUCGACCCGGCCACUGGUCAUACUUCGGCAAUCGACGUUACCUUCUGCUCUAAGAGUCUGGCUCCCAAGUUUACAUGGCGAACUCUUUCGGACACCCACAACAGUGACCACUUCCCGAUAACGGUGACCAUACCUGGAUGGUCUAGCACGCGAACCGUGCGACGGAAAUGGCUCUAUGACCGCGCCGACUGGUCGCUGUAUGAACAAAUCACCGCUGAGACAAUCUGCCCAGACGUCGAGUGGAAUGUUGACAGCUUCACGGAGAAGUUGAUAGCAGCAGCUAACACUUCCAUACCACGCACCAGCGGCCGAGUUGGACCAAAAGCGGUACCAUGGUGGUGCCCAGAAGCGAAGACUGCCAUCCGACAGCGACGAAAGUGCUUGCGGGCCUUACGGCGCCUGCAGAGAUUCGAUCCAGAUCAACCCGCAGCGUUGGCUAGUUUUCAGGAAGCUAGAGCAGCAGCACGAAAGGCGAUUAAAGAGCUCGACGACAAAACUAUGGCAGACGGUGAACUGUUUGCGUGGCAGCCGCAACAACGCACCAUAGUAGUCAAGGGAGCGGAUGGUUUCAUAGACAAUCCCGAAGAAGCAGCGGAAGAACUGGCCAGUCACUACAGCGAGAGAUCAGCGACCUCCAGCUACCCUCCAUCUUUCCAGAUGGCGAAGGCAAGAGCGGAACGAGAGUCCAUAGAUUUUUCGCCCAAUACCGAGGAUGUAUACAACACCGACAUCACCCUGAACGAAUUUCUGUGGACUCUCGACAAAGGACGAGGUGCCUCUACAGGACCCGACAUGAUAGGGUAUCCUCUGCUUCAACGCCUGCCCCUGUCCGUGAAAGUGACGCUCCUCGAGCUGCUCAAUAAAAUCUGGAGUAACGGAGACUUUCCCGCUAGCUGGCGGAAUGCCAUCGUCGUUCCCAUCCCAAAACCUAAUUGUCACGAUACCGGGCCUGCUGCCUUUCGGCCAAUCUCGCUCACCAGCUGCAUGGCAAAGCUGCUAGAGCGGAUCAUCAACCGUCGCCUAAUUACUGAGCUAGAGUUGAAUGGUCGGCUCGACAAACGCCAACACGCGUUUCGUCCCGGACGGGGCACGGAUACGUACUUUGCUGAGCUGGAGAAAUCGCUUCCAACCGCAGACGAGCACUGUCUGAUAGCUUCACUGGACCUGUCGAAAGCAUACGAUACUACCUGGCGACAUGGAAUAGUUCGCACAUUGAAAAAAUGGCGAAUACGUGGUCGAAUGCUCAACAUCAUACAGAGCUUCCUCUCCGAGCGAACAUUCCAGGUGUCCGUAGGGAGACACUUAUCUCGCGAACAUCCGCUGGAAAACGGAGUACCUCAAGGCUCGGUCCUCUCUGUGACCCUGUUUCUCGUCGCUAUGCAGCCGAUAUUCCAAGUGAUACCGAAAGGAGUUGACAUACUCCUAUACGCGGACGACAUCCUCCUCGCUGUGCGAGGCGCCAGAAGUGACGGGUUAUACCGUAAACUGCAGGCCGCCGUCAAGGCUGCCGAUCACUGGACGAAAAGCGUCGGUUUCGCCAUGUCGGCAACAAAGUCCUUCAUUUUUUACUGCAGCCCGAAUAUACGGAAUGAACCUACAGGAGACAUCACCAUCGAUCAGACUCCCAUUCCGACGACCAACCAGCUGAGGAUUCUGGGUGUAACCUUGGACCGAACCCUCACCUUCAGACCUCACUGCAAGUUGACGAAAAAAGCUUGCGAGUCUCGGUUACGGAUUCUUCGGAUGAUCGGUGCCCAACACUCACGUGGCAAUCGAACAUCUCUGCUGCAGGUUGGAUCAGCCUUAGUCACCUCGAAGUUGCUGUAUGGGAUAGGACUUGUCAGUCGAGGAGGAUCGCCGAAUUUGCAGACUCUUGCCCCUGCUUACAACAAAAUGGUCCGGUUUGCUUCCGGAGCCUUUGUUACCAGUCCAAUAGUCUCGAUCAUGGCCGAGGCAGGGACCCUACCCUUCGAAUUACUUGCAGCUCAAGCCACAGUGCGAACAGCCAUCCGAAUAUAUUCGCAUAACCGGAAUAACGGUACCCUUCCUCUGAUCCAGCGAGCAUCAGACCGGCUGGAAGAACUAACCGGUUUACCUCUUCCUGUUGUCGGCCAACUCACACGGCAGAGUAGUCGUGCAUGGAACGCACGAAUACCGGCGAUUGUGUGGGAGGUGAAGGAAAAUGUUCGCGCAGGAGAUCCACCUCAGAAAGUUCAUCCGAUCUUUCGGCAAGUACUCGACACUCGUUUCCGCCAUUCGACCGUCAUCUAUACUGACGGAUCCAAGUGUGAAGACACGGUAGGGGCAGCAUUCUACAACGUCGGGAUAGCCCAGAAAUACAGUCUUCCGAAAGAAUGCAGUGUCUUCUCAGCAGAGGCAUACGCCAUUAAAAUGGCACUCUCUAUACCGAAUGUUCGCAACGAAGUGGUGAUCAUGACCGAUUCGGCUAGCUGUCUCCUGGCCUUAGAAGCAGGACAUUCUCGCCACCCGUGGAUACAAGAGAUCGAACAAAUAGUGCGAAACAAAUCCGUUCGUUUCUGCUGGAUUCCGGGGCAUACUGGCAUCAGCGGAAACACGGAGGCAGACCGAUUGGCUAACGAGGGCAAAACACAACCUGUCACCAAUAUCCCAAUUCCAGCGGAAGAUGCUGCAAGGGCAGCAAAGCAGGCGAUUCGCCUCCGAUGGGAGAGGCAGUGGUUUGAAGCGAGAGACGUGAAGCUGAGGGAGGUCAAACGCGACACGCUUAGGUGGACCGAUCGCGGCAGCCCUGCUGAACAGCGUCAACUUACACGGCUGAGGAUUGGCCAUACACGGCUGACCCACACCUUCUUGCUGAAAAAAGAAGAACCGCCGAACUGCGAAUGUUGCGGUGUAGAGCUGACGGUGCGGCAUAUUAUCCUCGAAUGUAGGAAGUACGAUGGAGAGCGAAGAAAAUACAACAUCGGCAGCAGUCUAUAUGAAGCUCUGGGAAACACCGAUGAACAAGCAAUCCAGUUGCUAAACUUCCUACGUGAAACAAAAUUAAACAACAAAUUGUAG